ACCACACUAAUACUCCACACUCCCACCCCACCCACCCACACCUUUAUUACCUUUCUCUCUCUCUCUAGGGUUUUUGUUUUAUCUUCAUCGGUCAUAUCGCCGGAAAUGAUUUUUCCGGCAAUCGGUUUUGUUACUAUGGAAUGUCGGUGUGAUGACGUCAUGUCGUGUGUCCGUCGCGAAUACGGCGAGUUUUAGCCGUCGUCUCGUGUUUGUUGUACCUUAAGCAAAAGAUAAAAAAGACUUUUAGGCUUAGCAGUGUUUUCAAGUUAUUACAUGCUACAAUACAAAUUUUCUACUCCAAAUAAUGGUUUUUUGACGGUUUAAAAAGGUAAUUUGAAAUCGAUUUCUGUUUGAAAUUUUGGAAGAUUGUAAACUUGAAUUUCUAGUGUAAGAAUUUGUGGUUAUGCCUUUUCCUAUGAAGAUUCAACCUGUUGACUUCACUACUGUGGAAGAAUCGAGUCGAUAUGACUCGUUUAAGCCGGUUCCCAAGUCACGGUUCAAGCGGCUAUUUGAGAGGCAAUUUUCAGGGCUUUUGAGAUCAUCGGCGCCGGAGAAGCUGGUUACUGGUGAGGAUUUGAUUGGGAAUAAGAAGGAUGCGUCUGAAGAAUUCGAGCCGAGUUCUGUUUGUUUGGCUAAAAUGGUGCAGACUUUUAUUGAGGAAGGUGAGGAUAAGCAUAGGUGCAAUCGGAACCGAUGCAAUUGCUUUAAUUGUAAUGGAACUGAGAGCUCAGAGGAGGAGAAUGAUUCAGUCAAUUGCUUCGGUGAAUCAAAUCAAAAUUGCUGCAGCGAUGCUUGUGAAAUUCUCAAGAGUUUGGUGUCUUGUCCUUCCCUUCUUGAAAGGAACGUCUUGGCGGAAAUUACAAAGAUCAUUGAGAAAAACAGGAUGGUUAAGCGAAAGGCCAAUUUCAUUCGAAAGAUGGUUGUUGAUGGCCUUCUAGCUAUGGAAUAUGAUGCCUCAAUCUGCGAGUCUCGGUGGGAGAAGACUCCUUCAACUCCUGCUGGAGCUUAUGAAUAUAUUGAUGUGGUGACUGAAGGAGAAAGACUUAUAAUCGACAUCGAUUUCAGAUCAGAAUUUGAAAUAGCAAGGUCGACUAGGUCAUACAAAUGUCUUCUCCAAGUUUUGCCUAACAUUUUUGUAGGCAAAGCAGAUCGCCUUCAGAAGAUUGUUCAUUUGCUAACAGAUGCUGCAAAACUGAGCUUAAAGAAGAAAGGGAUGCCUUGUCCUCCAUGGCGUAAAGCUGAAUACGUGAAAGCUAAAUGGCUGUCUACCUACACCCGUAUGACACCAGUUCUAAUGCCAAUAGCAUCAAACUCUGCUUCGGAACCUGGAACUGCUUGUAAAACCAAACAAGAAGCCAUAAAGGAAGAAACUUCAGAAGAUUCUCACGGUGAGCUGAAUCUGGUUUUUGGAGGAAAGAGCAGUCCUUUGGUGGAGAAUAACCCCAAGAGUGCGAGUACAUCAUCUCUAUUUGCUUGUGAUGAUGAAAAGAACGUGACGGUGAAGCUAGGUGAUGUUUUUGGAGGAAAGAGCAGUCCUUUGGCGGAGAAUAACACCAAGAGAGCGAGUACAUCUCCUCUAUUUGCUUGUGAUGAUGAAAAGAAUGCUAUGGCGCAGCUAGGUGAACCCCUGGAGAUCAAACCCAAGGAUUCAAGCAAUUGUGCCAGGAAGAUAACUGGUUUAACUUCUCUGAUUGAAGACCACACCUAAAAUUUUGACCUAUUUCCUAACCUUUUUGUCUAUUGUUGCUUUUAUAUGUUUCGAGCUGAAACGCCCCGUGUGUUUUAGUAUUUGGGGCCUUAUUUGAAACUACGGACCAACUGCCUACUGGUUUGUCUCGGCGGUCUCCCUUCGCAUUUUAUAGUAAGGGUCUAUGAGUCCAUAUCCACUAAUACAAACUUACAUAGUAUCAAGAGACUAGUAAAGGAGAACUGGUAAUUGUGUUGUCA